ACCUGUUGUUUGAUCUUGUCGUCGACGUUCGGCAGAGAACUGAGACUGGCUUUCCCUCAUUUGAGGUCGAGAUCCGUUUGAAACACGAAAUUAGUUGAAAAAAGGACAUAAGAUGGCACAUAGUGUUCUCAGAGUUAAUCAGUUGGAUGCCCAUCAGUUGGAUGAUGAAGUUCAUCUCCUCCUCAGAGCUCAGUUAACAAAGGCAUUCCAGUUCUUCAGGCCCGGUGUUCUCUCAAAGUGUGACCCUGAAGUAAAUGCUGUUUUACGUCUAUUAAUAUGGCAUUUUUCAAUUAGUAAAUCAGGAGCCACCAUUGGUCAGCAAAUGCUCAACAUGCUCUACACAAACAGUCUCCCUCAAGGUCAAAGGUCAUAUACCCUGGAUCAGAAACACAAGGUACUCUAUGCGCUGCUCCUCGUUGGAUGCAGGUGGUUUCAGGAAAGGAGUUCGGAUCUCUCUCAGAUGACCAGGAGCAGCGAAAAGUUUGAUUUGGUAUGGAAGCUGAUCGAUCUGUUGGAGCGACUGCUGAAGAUAGCCUCUCUGAUCAACUUCCUAGUGUUCCUGCAGCAAGGUUUCUUUCCCAGCAUUCUUGAGAGGGUAUUAGGCAUCAUUCCAAGGUUUGCACAGCCACAGUCUGUUAGGCAGGUGACCUUUGAGUUCAUGACCCGAGAGCUGCUGUGGCACGGCUUUGCCGAAUUCCUCUUCUUCCUCCUCCCUCUCAUCAAUAUCCACCGCAUCCGGAACGUGAUCCGAAGAAGAGUCGCUGGCAUCCGGACCGGGCGCGGAACCUUGCAGCGGUCUUUAGCUGAGUGCAAGGAGUGUGUUGUCUGUGGAGAAUGGCCGACGUGCCCUCAGGAGAUAGGGUGUCAGCAUGUCUUCUGCUACUACUGUCUCAAGAGUAACUUUGGAGCUGACCCGUCCUAUACUUGCCCUUCCUGUGGUCAUGCAGUGGAAGAGGCGAGUAACAUCCGUCCAGUUAUGUGCUCCGUUAGAUAACAGUCAACCAAUCGUUUGAUUUCAACUCAGGAUCCAGCUAAGCUCAAAUUUUAUCCCAUGGUAUAUGCUUUUACAGAGAUUUUGCCAAAGUUAGUGAGAUACUCUUUUUAAAGGGGAAGUUCACCCUUAAGAAAACUUUGUUGUAAAAAUAGUAAUAAAUAUUGGUGAAGGUUUGAGGAA